AUGGCCCAGCAGCCCCUUCCCACGUCUGUGCAGCCCACCGACAUCUAUGGAGGAGAUGAGGUUUCCGCCCUCGUUCUCGAUCCUGGAUACUGCUACACCCGAGCAGGCUUCGCUGGUGAAGAUGUUCCCAAGGCUAUCCUGCCGUCGUUCUACGGCCACGUCACCGGCGACAACCCUCGCGAUCUAUAUGGCGAUGAAUGCCUUGUCCCUCGCCCCGACUACGAAGUCCGCAACUACAUGAACAAGGAUAGCGUUGUGGAAGAUUGGGAUGUUGCGGCUCGAAUUUGGGAAAACAUGCUUGUGAAGCGGCUGCAACCCCAACGACAAACACCCCCCUCGAAGAACGGCCUGAACGACGACCCCAAGCCAGAAGGUCAAGAUGGAGAGGGUGAUGUUGCUAUGGACGAUGCCGCUGAGUCUGUGGAGAAGCCAUUGGGUGAGAACCCUCUCCUUCUCACCGAGGCACCCUGGAACACGCCCAAGGCUCGCGAGAAGGCUAUCGAGAUCAUUAUGGAGAACUGGGAUUGUCCUGCUUUCUGGCUAAGUCGUACCCCGGUGUUGGCAGCAUUCGCCGCUGGCAAGGCAACCUCGCUAGUUAUUGAUGUUGGUGGCGCCAAUACCUCAGUCACGGCUAUUCACGACGGCAUGGUGUUGAAGCGCUCCAUCCAGAAGUCCCCUGUUGGUGGUAUCUGGCUCUCUUCCCAAAUCCGAAGCCUUUUCGAGACAUCAGAGCCCAAGGUUGACUUGACACCCACAUUCAUGAUCGAGAACAAGACACCAGUUGAUGCCUUGGCACCUCCGUCAGUUCGACUACGAAACUUCCCCUUCCAGAUCAACGACUCUUUCCGCGCUUAUGAGGAGGAGCGUGUGUUGACGGAAUUCAAGGAGUCAGUCGUAGAAGUCUGGCGAGGACCUGGCCGGUACAACGUACCCGGUAAUGAGGAGUAUGUCAAGACGCAACCGGGCCGGGUAUUUGAGAUGCCCGAUGGCUACAACCAAAUGUGGCGCGAACAGAGAUUCCGAGUGACAGAGGGCAUGUGGGACGAGAAUGCCGGUUACCCCAUCUCCGAGGCUGAUCGUCUUAACAAGACCCAAACCAUCCCUGAGCUCAUCCGCGCUGCUCUUAACGCAGUUGACGUCGAUCUUCGGGGCAAUCUACUCGCUAAUGUCGUUGUAACUGGCAGCACCAGUCUGAUCAACGGAUUUAACGAUCGUCUCAACAAUGAGCUGAUGGCCAUGUACCCAGGCCUCAAGAUCAAGAUCCAUGCGGCAGGCCUGACGAGCGAGAGACGAUUCGGCGCCUGGAUUGGCGGCAGCAUCCUCGCCAGCUUGGGUACAUUCCACCAGAUGUGGAUUUCGCGAAAGGAGUAUGAGGAGAACGGCCCUAAUGUGGUUGAGAAGCGAUGCAAGUAA